CAUUAACACUGACGUAUCCGCUGCGGACAUGGCUGCAUUCUGGCGGCCCGGUGCGACGCUUCCGGGCGCGGAUGCUGAGGCAGAAGCUACUCGGGACCUCCCUAAGGACGCGGAGGUUCCGGCUGUGCAGUUUAACCCGCUGCACGGUCUAUCACUGCGCGCCCAGCGCUCACGAUUGCCAGUGUCUAAUCACCGCUGCGAAAUCCUUUACGCGAUCGAAACGCACGCCACGACAAUUCUCGUGGGUGCCACGGGCUCCGGCAAGACAACGCAGGUACCACAGUAUCUGCUUGAGGCUGGAUGGGCAGCGUCUCGUCCGAGAAGAUCUCAAGCAGUAUCAGAAACAACGAGGAACAGGGUCAUCGUAUGCACGCAGCCACGUCGUGUCGCUACCGUGACGAUCGCAGAGCGCGUGGCACAGGAAAUGGGUUGCCGCGUGGGCGAAGAAGUCGGCUACGCUGUCCGGUUCGAGGAAAAGUGGAAUCCGGAACGCACCAAGAUCAAGUUCGUCACGGACGGAUUAUUGCUAAGGGAGACCAUGCGAGACCCACUGCUGUCACGCUACUCGGUCGUAAUGCUGGACGAAGCUCAUGAACGGAAUUUGGAGACAGAUCUGCUACUGGGACUGAUCAAGAAAAUUCAGAGGAAGCGACCAGAUCUGCGAGUGAUAAUUGCGUCGGCUACAUUGCAGGUAGAUACGUUCGUGAAGUUCUUUCGAAGAAGGAAGGAGAAGGUGCCAGAACAGGGUGUGACGUCUUCGGGGAGACCACCCCAGGUACUGAAAGAUGUCGUUGCGGUGUCGGUGGAAGGACGACAAUUUCCCGUUGAUAUCGAGUACCUCCAGGAACCAUGUGGAGACUAUUUGCAAAAGGCUAUCGAUACAGUAAUGGCUAUUGACGAGCAUGAAGGUGAAGGUGACGUACUAGUGUUCCUACCUGGUCAAGAAGAGAUCGAUUUUGUUGUGAGAGCGUUGAACGACAGAGCGCCGACGCAUAUCCUUCCCGUGCCACUAUAUGGAACACUUCCCCUUCAUAUGCAACAGAACGCUUUCCUGCCAGCUCCUCGAGGUGUACGUCGGAAAGUUAUCGUUGCUACGACCAUCGCUGAAACCUCCGUGACCAUCGACGGUGUAGUGUUUGUAGUGGACGGAUGUUUCACGAAGCUCGCUUUCUUCAACCCGCUGACUGGGGUGGAAGCUCUUAUCACAGCACCCGUAUCCAAGGCAUCAGCAAAGCAGAGAGCAGGUCGCGCAGGGCGGUCGAGACCUGGAAAAUGUUUCCGACUGUGCACACAAGCACAUUUCCGCACCAAACUCGCGAAAGAAACAAUUCCGCAGAUGCAACGUACGAACUUGGCGACCGUGGCUCUGUAUUUGCUGAGUAUGGGGAUCCAGGAUCUGGCACACUUUGACUUUGUGUCGCCUCCUUCACCGGAGGCGCUUAUACGAGCACUGGAGCUGCUGUUCUCGCUGGGUGCCAUUGACACUGCGUGCCGUCUCAUAGAUCCAUUGGGCACGCAGAUGGCAGAGUUUCCGGUGGCUCCAGCAUUAGCGAAAGUGUUGCUGUCAUCUUUUCAGUUUGACUGCACGAGUGAGAUGCUCAGUGUCGCUAGUGUGUUAUCUGUGGGAGAUGUUUUCCUGGGUUCACGCGGUUCCAGAGAGCGACAGGAGAAAAUUGCUGAAGCCAUGGAACACUUCACACAUCCGGACGGUGACCACAUGAUGUACUUGUCCAUCUACGAUGAAUUCGUGGAAAAUAACAAGAGUCGAUCAUGGUGUGACGAAUAUCUACUCAGCCAUCGAGCACUCUUGCGUGCUACAGAGAUUCGUCGCCAUCUCAAGCGGUACGUGACGCGUUUCAAGUCGCUGGAAAAGAAUAAUGUCUCUGCCAGCGACGGAGACUACGUGAAAAUUGGCAAUGGUGACGAAAGUGAAGAUAAGGCUCGGAGUGCUACAAUUCGCAAGUGUAUAGUUAGUGGCUACUUCGCGAACGCGGCCAAAUUGCACGCUGAUGGAGUGUACCGCACACUUCGCGACCAGCGACCAGUGCAGUUGCAUCCAACGUCGGUGUAUUAUCACAUGGGCACGCUUCCCGAUUGGAUCAUUUUCCACCAGAGCGUGCUCACGACGGAAGAGUUUGUACGUGACGUGUCGAGAAUCGACCCACGGUGGCUCGUUGAUCUCGCUCCAGAUUUCUACCGUACUAAAGACGUCAGCCGAGCGAUAUCCGGUAGCUCGGGGGCUUUGGGUCUGCCAUCCGCAUCGUCUUCAAUGCCAAGGAGCAAGAAACAGAAGACUAAAGCGUCAGAAGCGGACACGCCACCUCGAGCUACAGGCGCCGACGGUCGGAUUCUGUUCCGAAAACCGAAACGUUCGGACCAGAAUACAAAAGCCAAGUUGCCUGUGCAUAUCGGCAAAAGCAAAGGUGGCUUACGCUCGCAAUUUUAGUGAAUCACCAACUAAAAUAUGAAAAAAAGUUGCAAUUUGCGAUUCUCCCGUCACGAAAACGUUCAUUACUAUCGAUACAGCUUAGCGUUAUACACCCUCUUCCUACUGGUGUGGUCUCUCUCCGAACUGGCUGUCAGAUCCUGCACGAAGUCGUCGAUCUUCUAGCACCCUCAUCUUUCUCUGCCGUCGCUCAAUGGACUCACGUUGUCGGUCAAAUACUGGCACACUGUAGUCCUGCAGCGAGACGUAGGACGAGCCUCGUUGUGAGAUCUCACUGGGAGCCACACUCAAGAACUCGUCC